UAGUAGCGAACAGUUACUCGCUUGUGAAACGCAGUUGUGAGUGAACGCAGUGAGUGUUCUAACAAUAUUCCGUGUUGUUGUGCUGUAAAUAUUGAUUUAAUUUGUUUUUUAUGAUAUUUAAUUUUCUCAUUAAUGUUGUGAAAAAGUUUGUUUUUUGAAUAUCAAAGUUUACAAAAUGCCGUGCAAUUGCGAAGAUGAUAAUGGAGUGCCGAUGCAUCAAAAUGGCUGUCGACUAACAGCUGGACGAAGCACGCUUCAACAAAAUGGAUAUCGACAUAGGAUACACGAAAAUGGAAGUUCAACGAGCGAAGAAGUGGAUCCGGACCUAGUUAGAUAUCCCGAUGGCACCGUACGCCUUCGCAACCCGAACAUCGAACUUAUGGACCAAGAUAUCCUAUACCACUUGGCGCUCGGCAGCGGCUCCCACGAUCUCGUUGAAAUGUUCGGCGAUGUUCAGUUCGUGUGUAUGGGCGGCACACCGAAGCGCGUGGAGCAGUUCGCGUACACGAUCAUGGCGGAGAUCGGCCACAAGCUGCCGUGUGGCACCACACUGCAGGACAUCAGCCAGUUCUCCUACCGAUACUCAAUGUAUAAAGUCGGCCCCGUGCUCUCUAUAAGUCACGGUAUGGGCAUACCGUCUGUUGGUAUCCUACUGCAUGAGGUCAUUAAGCUGAUGUACCACGCCAAGGUACGCGAUCCUGUUUUCUUCAGGAUUGGAACAUGCGGCGGCAUCGGCUACGAAGGGGGAACCGUCGUUAUAUCAGAGGAGGCCGUUGACGGCACACUAAAGAAUGCUUUAGAAUUGACUGUACUUGGCAAGACAAUACAGCGGCUGGCGAAGUUAGAUCGAAGGCUGGUGAAAGAGCUGAAGAGUCUAGCUGAUCCAGAAGACCCGUAUGACACUAUAACGGGGAAGACGAUGUGCACUUAUGAUUUUUAUGAAGGACAAGGCCGUCUCGACGGCGCGUUCUGUGACUUCACGGAGACGGACAAGAUGGAGUACUUAGAGAGUAUCCACAAGGCGGGUGUGGUGAACAUCGAGAUGGAGUCGCUAGCGUUCGCUGCGCUGACACACCACGCCGGCAUCAAGGCGGCUGUUGUCUGCGUUACCUUCCUCGACAGGCUUAAAGGAGAUCAGGUGCUGGCGCCAAAGGAGGUUCUGGAUGAAUGGCAGCAGCGUCCUACUAAACUCGUCUGCCGUUAUAUCAAAAAACAUUUGCAAAUGAAGGGUCGACUCUCUUUGGAGGGACAUGGUUCCAUCGCCGUCAAAAGCCCGCGCCGGUUCAAACUGGUUCAGCAGGAAUCCGAAAACUAUGACUAAUUCUUCACAAUUCGGGACUUUACGUACGGUCUAUGUUUGUCAUCGAAAGCUAUGUUUAUGUGAAUUGCCCUUAGAUUGCUUCUUAUUCUAAGUAUACUUAUUUUAAUUUAUAAAUAUGUAUUACUGUCCAUUUCCAAUGCUACAGAAACAUAAUGGCGUCUCUUUCAUUCUCUUUGAAAAGACGAGGAACAACAACAUGAAUAUUCGCAUGAUAGUUACGAGGUAUUCCUAAAGGUAACGAUUAAUUUGUACAAGAUUUGUUGUACUUUAUGUCCGGUAGGGGCGCUGCAUAAAUUUAAUAAUUUUACGAAAACAUUCUCAAAAAUAUUCGUUAUUACCAUCGUAAUACCAUCUGACGAGGUACGAAUUGCUAAGGACAUUUUUUACGUUGAAUCGUUGAAUUUUGGAACAAAUUAUAUAAACUGUACGCUUUAAAGUCCCGUUGUCUCUUUAUUUUUUUAAGGAUAAAGGUAUUUUAAUUUUAAAUACAAUUCCUACUGAUCAAACAUAUCUCUUUAACUCUCUAUUUUGACCAAUUUCCUAUUCCCUGAAAGGUUUUAUUAAAUAUCUUUAGA